AUGGAGCAAUACAUCCUAGACAAUGCUCAGCGCUUUGAUGACCUGGUGAAGCGCUUCAGGCCAGCGCCUAUUAAGGCCAAGCCAAGCGAUGAAGAGCCAAACCCAAAUAUCACCAUAGCUACUCGCAUCAGGCCCAUGAUGGAUGACGAGAAAGAAGAAGGGCAGUUGAUUGGUGUUUUUCCCCGGCAAAACUUGCCAGGCGCCGUUGACUUGCACGAACUGAGAAGACCAGUCAGGGGCCCUCCUACUCUGGUUGACAUCUACCAAGAACUCAUCGAGCCUCUAGUUCCAUGGGCCUGGAGCGGUGGAGUCAGUACCAUGUUUGCCUAUGGCCAGACUGGCUCAGGCAAAACACACACCGUCAGCGGUCUAGAGCGCCUCAUCGCAGAGACCUUUUUCUCCAAAGGUAUCCCUGGCACACGAAACAUUUCUGUUUCCAUCAUCGAACUUGCGGGCAACUCGACCUUUGAUCUUCUCAACUCUCGAAAGCCCAUCUCUAUCCUCGAAGACUCCUUUGGAAACACCCAUCUUGCAGGUGCCUCUGAGUUUGUUGUCACUGACGCAGACUCUCUGAUCAAGCAUAUCAACAACGCCGCUUCUUUCCGAAGCACUGCUCCGACACAGAAGAACGACUCUUCGUCACGCUCGCAUGCUAUUUGCAAGAUCCGCCUGGAAAAUCCUGAGUUGCCCCAGUCCGAUGAUGGCCUUCUGUAUCUCGUUGAUCUUGCAGGGUCUGAGGCGGCUCGAGACGUGACAGAGCACUCAACUCAGCGCAUGAAAGAAUCACGAGAGAUCAAUGCAAGUCUUUCAGUACUCAAAGACUGUAUCCGUGGCAGAGCAAGCGUCGACCCGGCUGGUCUCGUAGCUGGGAAGAAGGCAUAUGUACCGUUCAGACAGAGUGCUCUGACAAGGGUCCUCAAACACGUUUUUGACCCCGCGGCUGAGCGAAGCUGCAAGACUGUCGUUGUGGCUUGUGUAAACCCGAGCUUCUUGGAUGUGGGCGCUUCCAAGAACACAUUGAGAUACGGGGAGAUGCUGAGAGUCACCGUGCCCAAGGCGCCGGUGCAGAAGUAUGAUGCUGCGAAGCCGAGUACUUGGCCGCAUGCCUUGCUACAGGACUGGAUUCUGAAGAAUUCUGGCGCGCCACCAGUUUCUCCUUCUUGCCUCGCGCCUGAAGAAAAUGGGACGCAACUCCUUCGCCUUCCUGUUCCCGAAUUCAUCACCCGAUGCCUCAAGACACCAGGAGUCACGCUGGAACAAGCGACAGCCUUCCAAGCCAAGCUCUGGCGUCUUCAUAUUGACUCCCAUCGUAUCAAGCCGAAAGCGAACUCUAAGAAGGCCAGUCCUGAGACAGAGAAGUACAGCGCUGAGAACAAGGGUCUUUCGAGUCGUGACGCAAGACCCGAAAUGGUAGGCAUCCCGUUCAAAGACCGUCUGCGGCCGGGGAUGGUGGUCAGCUGGGAUCCUGCAGACGACACUCGUGGAUUCUAUCGUCUACCGGGACGUAAUCUCGUCAUGAUCUUGAGCCCCGAGGGCGAUGGGAGCUAUCGAUGUGCUGUUACAGUGCCUGCUAUUAUGACGGGGGCAUUUGAGAUUUACAUGUGGCAGCAGGUUGUGGCCUCGGUCGACACGAUGAAGGCCGAGGUUUUGUUGGAGUACGAUGUUGGGACAAGAUACUAUUACGAAACCGUGUAG